CACACGGGAAUGGGGAACACCAAAAGCAGCACGUUGUCCAAGGAACUCCUGGAGGAGCUGAAAUCCAACACCAAGUAUUCAGAAGCUGAGUUGUGCACCUGGUAUCAGUCCUUCCUUCGGGAAUGUCCUGGUGGGAAGAUCAGCAAGGAGCAGUUUGAAGGCAUCUACGCUAGCUUCUUCCCGGAUGCCGACUCUACCGCCUACGCCCGCCACGUCUUCCGCAGCUUUGACACCAACGCAGAUGGUACUCUGGAUUUUAAGGAGUACAUCGUGGCGCUUCACCUGACCUCAGGUGGGAAGACCCGCCAGAAGCUGGAGUGGGCUUUCGCACUCUAUGACGUGGAUGGCAAUGGGACCAUCAGCAAGAAUGAGAUCCUGGAGAUCGUCAAGUCCAUCUUCAACAUGAUCCCAACUGAUGACCAAGAAAAUCUUGCCGAAGACGAGAACACCCCGGAAAAGAGAGCGGAGAAGGUCUGGUGCUUCUUUGGGAAGAAGGACAAUGACAAAAUCUCAGAGGGCGAGUUCAUCCAGGGCGUGAUGGACAAUAAAGACAUCUUGCGUCUCAUCCAGUAUGACGAACCUCAGAAGAUUAAAGACAAGCUGAAGGAGAAGAAACACUAAUGGCAGUGAGCAGACUUUAUAUUUAUCCUUUUGUUGCCGUGGCAACACACAAGAACUAGUUUGAGAUCAAAACAAAUCAAGAACAACAUUAAAAUGCGGUUUUGCAUUCACAGAUUUUGGGGGAAACCCUCAGUGACUCGCUUUAGCACCAUCUGGUGGUAGCUGGAGUGUCAAGGAAGAAACUAUGUUCAAAUGAGUUGAGGAGUUUCAUUCAGAGCCAGGUCUGGAGUGUCAAAGCAAUGAGAUGUGAAUAAUUAGCAGUAUGCUAACGCUAAGCUGUUUGAAUGUGUUUUCACACGAUGUUGAUUAAGUGGAGGGGUAGGCAGAGGCUCAAGUUAAGCGUGUUAAUCCUAUCACAAGCUGAAGGUCCAUGCCAAACUGACCCAACUAACAAUCCAAUCAAUUUAAUGACAACUUUCAAACCUUUGUCUUUCACUCACUGUUGUAAAUGUAUUACAGCAGAAGAAAUGUUUACAGAUAUAAUCUAAUGGAAGUUGGUUCACUUGGUCUUAACUAGUGCUCGCUAUGCUAGUAGUGCUACGCAGCGUGAGGCUCACUUUAGGUCCAAUACUUUUGCUGUAAGAUUACUUUUUCAGCUUCGACAACUGUUUUUUUUAGGAGCAUUUACUACAAUUUAUAUUUUACAUUUUAAUAGUAUCAUGUAGUAUUUUUUUUCAAGUGUUAAAUAUUGUUAGUUAUUCCACAUGCCUGCUUUGCCUUGUGUUGUUUUGUUUGCUACCGGAAGUGUAAAUUGUGCACGAUUAAAAUUAUAUCAAAUGAAGAUGAGAGUUUCCAUA